UUUUGAAUUAGGAUUGGUUGAUGGUCGAAGGGCCGAUGGGUAUAAGUGCCGUCCGCAGGAAUGGCCAGCUUUACUGCAAACAUGAAGCUCCUGUUGUUUUUCGGAUUGGUGGCUUUUGCCCUGGCUGAUGUCGCUCGCUUUGAUGGAAACAAAGUUUUCCGACUGAAGCCAAGCCUUGAUGCACAUGUGACCCUCAUUAAGGAUCUCGCUAAGAGCAUUCAGGUUGACUUCUGGAGCCCUGACAGUGAGGAUUUGGUGACCAUUGACAUUAAUGUGGAUAUCCAUGUCCCAGCCAGAUACCUCGAUAUGGUGUACACCAUUUUGGAGCAGAGCGGCAUUGAAUAUGAGAUCUUCAUUGAAGAUGUUCAGUCUGCUAUCAAUCGCCAGGCUAACAGCGGUGCCUCUCCUAGAGCUCACAGCUACACCAAGUACAACACCUGGAGCGAAAUUGAGUCAUGGAUCAGCUCCAUUGCCUCCUCCAACCCUUCCUUGAUCAGUAAGCAGGUCAUUGGACAAACAUAUGAGGGACGUUCAAUGCAUCUCCUGAAGCUUGGAAAGUCAUCCGGCUCAGCCAAACCCGCCGUUUUCAUUGACUGUGGCAUCCAUGCUAGAGAGUGGAUCUCUCCUGCUUUCUGCCAGUGGUAUGUGAAGGAGGCUCUGGAAAAAUAUGGCAGUGAUUCUGAAAUGACCAACCUGCUCAACACCAUGGAUGUCUAUGUUCUGCCCGUCUUCAACGUUGAUGGCUACGUGUACUCUCACACAACCGACAGGAUGUGGAGAAAGACUCGCUCUAGGUUAUCCGGAACAUCUUGCAGGGGAACAGAUCCCAACAGGAACUUUGAUGCUGGCUGGUGCACCAUUGGAGCUUCCAGCAACCCCUGCAGUGAAACCUUCUGUGGAAAAACUCCUGAGUCCGAGAUUGAAGCAAAGAACGUUGCUGACUUUAUCCGCAGCAAUAAGUCCACCAUCAAAGCCUACAUCACUGUGCACUCAUACUCUCAACUGCUUCUCUUCCCAUACUCCUACAGCUAUGGUCUGGCUGCAGACCACAGCGAGCUGAUGAGCGUUGCUAAAGGAGCCAGUUCUGCUCUGACUAGUCUUUAUGGCACCCGCUACACCUAUGGACCAGGUGCUUCAACUAUAUACCCCGCUGCAGGAGGCUCCGACGACUGGGCCUACGACCUGGGAGUAAAAUAUUCCUACACCUUUGAAUUGCGCGACACUGGUUAUUAUGGUUUCCUGCUGCCUGAGUCUCAAAUCAAGCCAACUUGUGAGGAGACCAUGCUGGCUGUGAAUUACAUCACCUCCUACGUCCUGAAGAACCUCUAUUAAAAAGUGUAGCAGCGAAGACCCCUGCCAACACAGCUCCAUCUCAGCUGACCCCCACUCCACCCCCAUCCUCAGCCCUCACAACCACAAGCCAUGUUUUCACACAGUGUUUGACAAAAUGUCAGGAUGAGUGGAACCAAUAAAGUCAAUGAUCCAUCCCA